UCAGGUCAAACAACAGUUGAAGCCAGAGCGAAAACGUACAAGGUUUGUGUGUUUUUACACGAUUCAAGGUGCAAAAUGAAGCUUCUUCUCUUCGCAGCAUUUGUAGCAACCCUCAGCUAUGUCAACGCAGGCAAGACUGCAAGGCUGCUGGCAGCUAUGAAUGCAGGGAUGUUGAAUGGAGGACUCUUAAAUGGAGGACUCUUAAAUGGAGCAAACCCCGGGAUGCUGGUUGGUGGUCUGAAUCCACCCAUUGUAGCUGGCGGUGGAGCAGGCGUUAUUGGGCAGCCCCAGUUUGCUCAGUUUGUUCCUCGAGUUCCUGCUUUUGUCGUUCCAGCUCAGGUCGGCAAUGUGUACCCUUUCCCUGCUGUCCCUGCAGUCAAUGCGUACCAGGUUCCUUUCAUGGGAGUACCCCAAAUGGCACCAAUGAAUGCUCCUCAGCAACCUGCAAUGGGGAACCCUGCCGGUGCUGCUCCACAGCAGCUUCCAGUUCAGCCUGAUCCACUUGGAAGAUUCAGGCGCCAGAUUAUGAAAGCCGAAAACACAGUGAAGAGUACUUUGGAUACUCAGAUUCCUUCUUCUGCUCCUUCUGCAUCACCAACAGCAGUGCCUUGCAACAAGGAUAAUUAAGCUGACACCAUUACUGUAACAUUAGCUUUGAAUUGAAUCUACAAGAAAUAUUGAAUAUUAUAACAUUAAAAGUUAACUCCUAUGAUUAUUCAUAAAUUGAUGAAUUUUGUUACAGUGUGUUCGCUUUCUAAUAAAAGUAAUCAUACUCUAAAUAA